UCUGCCUGUAUCUUCUCACUCACUCUCCUUCUGUUUUGCCCUAAAAAUCCCAUCUUUUUUCUAAAAAAGAUCUCCUUUUUAUUUAAAAAAAUUUAUUUUCUCUCCCUUCCGAGCAAAACCCACGUCCCUAAACCCUUCAAAAAUUCGAUUCCCGUCGAAUCCCCGCUUUCUUUGUUUAUUUUCUUCAAUGCCCAGCUCGUGAUUUCGGUAAUAAAAAAAUUCGUUGGAUUAAUUGGUGUUUAUGGAUUCUGGGCUAGUAGCGGUUGAUGCUACCUCUGAUGACGAGUUUGAUGUCAGUGGUUGGCUUAACGGUAAUAACUCUGUGGAGGAGAAUUGCGAUUCUUUGAGACCCGACGGUGAUCCUUUGAAAGAUGACGAGGACGAUGAUUGUGUGAUUUUGGAUGGCGAUCCUGAUAAUUUGGUUGAGAGGGUUGAUGAUAGGGGGGAUGGAGGAGGUGGGUCCGGUGAUUUGCGCAUUGUUGGGCAAAAGGGACAGGUAGCUUGCAGGGAUUUUCCUCAUUCUCGGCAUUUAUGUGCCAACUUCUCCUUCAGUACCACUUCCCAUGCAGAGCACUGUAAUUUGUGUUAUUGUUUUGUCUGCGAUUCUCACGCACCUUGCAUCUACUGGGGUGAUGGUGUUUCACCAACUGACCAUUGCCAUGCUACUGACAAAGUUGAGGGAUGGAAAGCCCAAAGGAAGUCAUUCAAGAAGACGAAUACUGCAACUUUGCCUCCAAAGCAUCAACUUCAGCAUAUCCCAAACCUUCAAGCAACCAUCAUUGCACAAGCUCGACCUCAAGCACGUCCUGUUUCGAUCCAACCCCUGAAUGCAAGCUCACAAAGUAUCCAUCACAACCUAGCCAAAACCCUUCACUAUCAAAAUAGACUUCCCCAGCCUGUAAAGAGAGUGAAUAGUUGUGGUUCAGCUUUGGCUCCCACUUCUCACACUCAAUUCAAAAGGGCAAGCAUGACCCAGAAUCUGAAAACUGUUUCCCAUACAAAUCAGGUGUGUGAAGCUCUGCGUCAGAGACGUCAGCAUCUGAAAACUGUUUCGAUCCAACCCCUGAAUGCAAGCUCGCAAAGUAUCCAUCACAACCUAACCAAAACCCUUCACCAUCAAAAUAGACUUCCCCAGCCUGUAAAGAGAGUGAAUAGUUGUGGUUCAGCUUUGGCUCCUACUUCUCACACUCAAUUCAAACGGGCAAGCAUGACCCAGAAUCUGAAAACUGUUUCCCAUACAAAUCAGGUGCGUGAAGCUCUACCUCAAAUACGUCAGCAUCUGAAAACUGUUUCGAUCCAACCCCUGAAUGCAAGCUCGCAAAGUAUCCAUCACAGCCUAGCCAAAACCCUUCACCAUAAAAAUAGACUCCAGCCUGUAAAGAGAGUGAAUAGUUGUGGUUCAGCUUUGGCUCCUACUUCUCACACUCAAUUCAAAAAGGCAAGCAUGACCCAGAAUCUGAAAACUGUUUCCCAUACAAAUCAGGUGUGUGAAGCUCUGCCUGAGAGACGUCAGCAUCUGAAAACUGUUUCGAUCCAACCCCUGCAUGCAAGCUCGCAAAGUAUCCAUCACAACCUAGCCAAAACCCUUCACCAUCAAAAUAGACUUCCCCAGCCUGUAAAGAGAGUGAAUAGUUGUAGUUCAGCUUUGGCUACUACUUCUCACACUGAAUUCAAAAGGGCAAGCAUGACCCAGAAUCUGAAAACUGUUUCCCAUACAAAUCAGGUGUGUGAAGCUCUGCCUCAGAGACAUCAGCAUCUGAAAACUGUUUCGAUCCAACCCCUGAAUGCAAGCUCGCAAAGUAUCCAUCACAACCUAGCCAAAACCGUUCACUAUCAAAAUAGACUUCCCCAGACUGUAAAGAGAGUGAAUAGUUGUGGUUCAGCUUUGGCUCCUACUUCUCAGACUCAAUUCAAAAGGGCAAGCAUGACCCAGAAUCUGAAAACUGUUUCCCAUACAAAUCAGGUGUGUGAAGCUCUGCCUCCAGCACCACUUGCAUCUCAGCAGCUGCCCGUUGUUUUGCCAAGAACUCAACACAUGCAAGUGCAAACUGCUUCCAGUACAAGUCAGAUGCAUAGAAUUAUGCCCCAGAGACAUCAGCAUCGGCCUCAAGCACCAAUUGUAUCUCAGCAGCUGCCUGUUGUAUCGCCAAGAACUCAACACAUUCAAGUACAAAUGUUUUCGAGUACGAAUCAGGUGCAGGGAGCUCCGACUCAGAUACCUCAGCAACUGCCUCGAGCACCACAGGCAUCUCAGCUGCCCCCUGUUGCAUUGGCAAGAACUCAGCACAUGCGACUGCAAACUGUUUCCAGUACAAAUCAGAUGCAUACAACUCUGCCACAGGCACCUCAACAUCGGCAUCGAGCAUCACUUGCAUCUCAGCAACAGCACGUUAUGCUGCCAAUAAGAACUCAAAGCAUUCCAGUAACAGCAAAUAUAUCUCAGUGCACGACUGCAGCCUCACAGAGAACUUCACAGGUUUCUCAGAACAUACCUGUAGCCCCGCAGAUAACUUCGCAAGCAUCUCAGCACUCAACUGCAGCCUCGUCAGAUGAAGAUAACAUCAGAAAAUUCCAUAAUAUAUUUGCAGCAUUGGCCACUGAGCUUGGAAGUGCCCUACAGGAUCGACCAAAGCACGACAAACUCAAAUCAAGCUAUCACGAUGCAUAGUGAUCUUCAUAUGGCAACGAUUUCAUCAAAUCCUACAGUUUUUAGGGAAUAAUGCUGUAGUUUCUGAGGAUAUUCAUCUAAACAGCUUUUUGCCUGUGUGUAGGAGAGAGACUGGACUGCAGGAAAUGGAUGCAUCGUUUCUAUAUGAUACUGAUCAUACUUGGAGUAGCAUAGCAAAUGUAUAGUCUCAUAGACCUUCAGUAUAUGAUGCUGACUAUACAUUGGAGUAGCAUACAGAAUUUAGAGCCUCAUAAUGUACAGCCUCGUAGUCCUUCAGUAUGUCCAUCUUCUAACCCUUUUUCUAGUUUUAAACUUAGAAUGUCAUUUCGAUCAGCUGAUUUUGUUAUAAAGAGUAGGUUUUAAAUCAUAUAUAGAGCUAUUUGCUCUUUUGAAGUGGUUAGAUA